CACAACCUGUGCAUUGUUAGGGUUUUGAUUCGGGAGAAUUUUGUCAGAAAUUGAAAAUGUUGAGAAGAAACGUGAGAUUGAGGAGAGAGUAUCUGUACAGGAAGAAUUUGGAGGGUAAAGAGCGUUUGCUUUACGAGAAGAAGCGUAAAAUUAAACAAGCUCUAGAAGAGGGAAAACCAAUUCCUACCGAGCUCAGAAACGAAGAGGCAGCUCUUCGCCAAGAAAUCGACCUCGAAGAUGAAUACACGGCUGUACCCCGAUCAACUAUUGAUGACGAAUAUGCUAAUGCCACGGAACGAGAUCCAAAGAUUUUACUAACAACAUCACGUGAUCCAAGUGCUCCUCUUACACAAUUUGUAAAGGAACUAAAAUUUGUCUUUCCUAAUACACAAAGAAUGAAUCGCGGUGGCCAGGUGAUAUCUGAAAUAAUUGAAACCUGCCGAGCUCAUGAUUUCACAGAUGUCAUAUUGGUUCAUGAGCAUCGUGGCGUUCCUGAUGGUCUUGUUAUAAGCCAUCUACCUUUUGGUCCAACUGCUUACUUUGGGUUGCUCAAUGUGGUCACAAGACAUGAUAUCAAGGACAAAAAAGCUAUUGGAACCAUGCCUGAGGCCUAUCCACAUUUGAUUCUCGACAACUUCUCAACUAAGCUCGGUGAAAGAACAGCAAAUAUUUUAAAGCAUCUACUUCCAGUACCCAAGCCUGAUACGAAACGAAUUAUCACUUUUGCUAAUCAAUCAGACUACAUCUCAUUCAGGCAUCAUUUAUAUGAGAAACGUGGAGGUCCCAAGUCCAUUGAACUGAAAGAGAUUGGCCCCCGCUUUGAAUUGAGACUUUACCAGAUCAAGUUAGGAACAAUGGAUCAAGAUGAAGCUCAAACUGAAUGGGUUUUGAGACCUUAUAUGAACACGUCCAAGAAGAGGAAGAUGAUCGGAGACUGACAGUAGUAUUUAGAAAGAUAUUCUUGCAAUGACUGUUUUCUGCAACAGUAGCAUCGCUUUGGUUCCAUACUUUUCCUGGUUGACCGUAACAGAAGCUGUAUUUUGCUGUGGAGCAUCAGUUUGGCUGGUUAGUAGGAUGAUUAUAAAAGGUAUAUUUUGUCAUUAAUUGUUGGUUUUCCGACGCUUAGACCCAGUCACAGCACGGAUUCUGUACCAAUCUGACUGGAACAAGACCGAGGAGCUGUUAUACCUACAUUUUGGUAGUAUUUGAUCAAUACUACAACCUGCAAAACAGUUGAGAUGAAGAGUAGUAGGUGAUCUGUAUGCCUUUUUCUGCUUCUGUUUUUAAAAUUACGAGUGAUAGAACAUGAAUUUAUUUAUGAAACGGGAGGCUUGUCCCAAAGCAACAACUAAUUGCGUUUUGUC